AUGGGUGGCGCUCUCCGUUGUUGGGAGGAGAUGGGGCAGCAGCAGGCCAAGGCGCUUCCCAAGAUUAUGAGGAAGGCGGGAGAUCCCAUGAACGUCUUCAAUCUGCCGAGUGUACACACGGAGGUCUUAUACCCCACGGCCAAACGGACGGUCAACUUCUCCAUCUGCCGCUGCUGGCAGUCCACGAAGUUUCCCAUAUGCGACAACGCGCAUAAGGUGCUGCAGAAGCAAGGCUGCAACUGCGGCCCCACUAUGCUGGAAGUUCGCCAGGCCCCGAGCCUCACAGAGCCGCGAGAUAUGAACAGCAGCUUUGAAAGCAAAGAGCGAAUGUCUGCUGGGGCUCUCUUUGGAGGUGCUGCGUCUGUUGCUGCUGCUGUCGCAGCUGGCGGCCACGCGUUUGGCUUUUUCUGA